CAUCUACCGGAUAGAGGCUGCGGUGCCGCGCAUCUUCUUGCGCAUAAACUUGAACGUUGCUUACAACCACACAUUCGAGGAACUAUAUGAUAUAAAUGAAUGGAGACGAUUUAACACACGAGAAAAGGAACCAAACAGCCUUUCAGAGAACUGACACGUGGAAUGAAUUUGGACAUGGCCUCAUCUUUUCAUCUGCCGAGAAGCAACAGCACCAGAGAAACGAUAGAGAACACGAGCAGCGAGUCUUCAGAUAAUGAAACCGCAGAAAAGGAGAGGUCGGUCGAGCAGAGAAGCGACGAUGGAAAUGCGGAUGAGUCCAAGAAAAAGAAGCAAAGACGGCAGAGGACUCACUUCACGAGCCAGCAGCUGCAGGAGCUGGAAGCCACUUUCCAGAGGAACAGAUACCCGGACAUGAGCACCCGGGAGGAGAUCGCGGUGUGGACCAACCUCACCGAGGCCCGAGUCCGGGUUUGGUUCAAGAAUCGAAGGGCGAAAUGGAGAAAGAGGGAGCGCAACCAGCAAAUGGAUUUGUGUAAGAACAGUUACCUGCCCCAGUUCAGCGGAUUAAUGCAGCCGUAUGAUGACGUGUAUCCGGCGUACACAUACAACAACUGGACCAACAAAGGACUGGCCCCAGCGCCACUGUCCACAAAGAACUUUACCUUCUUUAAUUCCAUGAGUCCCCUCACGUCCCAGUCCAUGUUCUCAGCCCCAACUUCAAUCUCAUCCAUGAGCAUGGCGUCCGGGAUGGGACAUUCCGCCGUGCCUGGCAUGCCGACCACCGGCCUGAAUAACAUCGGCAAUCUGAACGGCAUCGGGAGCUCCACGAUCAGUCCGGCCAUGAGUUCGUCGACAUGCCCGUAUGGACCUCCGGGAUCUCCUUACAGCGUGUACAGGGACACUUGUAACUCCAGUCUCGCGACGUUAAGACUGAAAUCCAAGCAGCAUCCAUCUUUUGGAUAUAGCGGUUUGCAGAGCCCCGGCUCGAGUCUUAACGCAUGCCAGUACAAUAGUUGACGAAAUAAACUGCAAUAAACGGAUACCUGGAGAAAUGACAACCAUGCUGGAUUAGAUGCGUUCGGCAUUUUGCAAUGGAAUAUGUGGAUUGUCUGUGUUUACCUAAACUUGCACAACAAUUUAAAUCCAUUAUUUGGAUUUCAACGUUUUGAAGACAAGUUAAACUCAUACAUUUUGUACAUAUAUAUAUAUAAAAACGUGGAACAAAACUAAAAAUGAUGCUCCAAGUGGGAACAAUGAACACAACCUUAAUUAGCACACUGUGUCAUGGUAAAGCAGCGUAGGCUAUACUAGUCUGAAGUUGUGUUUGUGAGUCCGUUCUCUUAUUGUAUUAAGUGUCUGCAGAGGUUGUGUUGUCCUCGUGGCCUCAUCGACAGUCUCGUAGUUGUUUCAUUGUGUCGAUAGAUUUACCGCAUGCUUACUCCGAGUGAAAAAAAAAAAAAAGUUUUGUAAAAAAUUAUAUGAAUGUGUAGACAAAAUAACAAAGCUAUAACUUUAUGUUGUACUCAUGUUGAUUGAAAAAUUGUGCUUAUGUUUAUGGUAAUGUUUGAAUAAACCUCAAAAGAAAGAAUUUCUAAAAUAA